AUGCGAGAUUUUGAACGACGGGAUUCCGAGGAGCUUCUGGAACUCUCGCUCAGGGCCGCCGCGGAGAAGCAAGGCACCGCACCGAGCAGCAGCAGCGCCAAGAACGGCGAUCUACACCGCAGCAGCCACGCCGAAGCGAAGCGGGGUACCACCAGCAGCAACAACAACAGCAGCAAAGGUGGUGGCUCUGCAACAACGACGACAACGACGUCGUCAGCACUUCAACGACGUUCGCCCUCAGCAGCAGCACCGCAACCGACAACCCCAACACCAGCCAGGCGUCAACGGCAUCACCACCACUACAGGAAGGGCGGCGAGGUCCUCUUUAUCGCGGAGGGCGUGGCGCAGGCCGCGGUCGGGAUCAUCCGGGACCCCGUUCGUGGCGCGCAAGCCGACGGAGCUAGGGGCUUGGUGCGGGGGAUAGGGUCGGGAGUUUUCGGCGUCGUCUUGAAGCCCGUCAAGGGCGUGGCCAAGGCCGGCGUCAACGCCUACACCGGGGUUAGGAUAGGGGUCUCGAAGGCCGGGCGUGUGGUCGUUGGGAGCAGCCGCGGCGGGAGUACGAGCGCUCCCUCUUCCGCUUCUAAGGGAGAAGAGGAAGCUGCUUCUUCACGAGGCAAUGGCCGACAAUCGUCAUCUUCCGAGGCCGCUGCGCCAAGAGAAGGAGGGAGGGGUGGGGGGGGUGGUUUAGAGCGGCUGGUUGCCGUCGAGUGGGAGGACCGACCAUCAGAGGCUGCCAGCCGUAGAGACACAGCUUGGGUGGGGGAUGGAGAAGGAGAGAUGGCUGACGCCUCCGCAUCAAUGGAUGUGCUAUUAGAAGGAGAGGCGAAGCUCGACGGUGCUAGUGCUGGUAGUAUAGGCGGCAGCGGCGGCGGCGGCGGCCGUGGGAGUGAUGCGAUGAGCAGGAGUCCGGCGGGAGAGGGCGCGCGCCCGGUCCCACCACCCCCUCUUGACGGGUUGGCGGUUGGCGUGGUCAUCAUGCCACUGGUCGUAGCGAGCGUCUUCUUGCUGGCGGAGAUGAAUCGCAUCAGAGGCGCCGGAAGCGCAGGGGGGGUCGGAGAAGGGGAUUUCUCAUCGAAGCCCUCUUCCUCUUGUGACGUCGCGGGUGGUUGUGGUGGUGCGGCAGCGGUUUGCGCGGACGGGGCGGAAUUGAGUGGUUACCUGGAAGUAAUUCUGGAAAGCUCGACCCUGUGCGCUGUUUGGGAGGUGCUAUUCGCGAUACAAAGGGUAAUUCGUGGGACAGACAGAAGGCGGGCAAGUCUCACGGUGUUCUCGCGUCUGCUGUCGAGCCAACCGCUGAGACUGGCUGCGAUAGCGGCGGGGUGCUUGAUGUGCUGCGGGAGACCGCUGCUCCCGCUGUGGUGCGUCGCCGUCUACGACGUCUUCAGAAGGGCGCUCGACCUGCACAAGGGGCGACAGAUGCGGCGGCUGUCUUUGAGGGCCGGGGAAGCGGCGGUGCUUACCCAUGCCCUCUCGCUGUGGGUGGUAGAUGCCUGCCUCUACACUGUCCAAGAGUUGUGGGCCGUGGGAUCAAGCGCAAGCACGUGGGAGAGGAUGUUUCCGCGUGUUCCGUCUAGAUCAGAGAGCAUGGUAGUGGUUCAAACCGGGAUUCUAGGGACCCUCGUCACCGGGCUUGCUUUGGCGUCGGCUCGCGCGCUGACACCUGCAGGAUGGCGGUCUUCCCGACCGCCAUGGCAAAGCUGCGCCUUAACCUACACCGUCCUGGCGGGCGGCACCGCGGCAUGGCUCACCUACUGGACUGCCCCCCUCCUGGGAUACUCAAACCCGGUAGCUUGGGUUGCCCUACACUCCGUGGGCUACUCCGACCCGGCGGAAACCGCUACGCGCGCGGGUCUAUGCAUCCAAUCAUGGACAGACAAACACGUGACAGAGGGCUGGAGAGGGGGCGCGGUGGCGGCAGGCGUGUUUCGGUGGGCGUGGUCGGAGAUGAGGGGCGAAGGCGGUAUUGGGGAGGGGAUGGGUGGGAACCGUCCCCUGCUGGUGGCGGGGUGGGUGCUGGCGCUAGCGGUUGUGGUUCCCUCGGUCCCGUGGCUGUCGAGACGGCUCCCCCUUUCCGGCAGGAAAACCACAUCCAGGAAGCUGUUCCACUUUCUGGCGACUGCCAUGUUCGUUCCGGCGAUCGCUCUCGAACCCGACUUCUUGUCCCUGGCCUUGGGUACGGCCUUGGGGGUGCUGCUGGCUCUUGAGUUCUUGCGCUGCACCGGAUGCCCCCCCCUGGCCUCCGCGAUGGACGGUUACUACGGAGGCUUUUUGGACGCGAGGGAUGGGGGAUGCGUGGUGGUGACGCACCUGUUCUUGCUGGUGGGAUGCGCUGUUCCUGUCUGGCUAUCCGGGCUCAUGGGCAGCCACGAUGGUGAUGGUCAAGGCGGUAUCCUCCAGCUAUUUCCUUACGCAGGCGUUGUUGUGCUUGGCAUCGGGGACGCGAUGGGCGCCAUGGUUGGGUCGAGCGUGGGACGGUUACACUGGCCGGGCUCACGCCGCACACUGGAAGGCUCGGCCUCCGUAUUCUUGAGCACCCUAGGCAGCCUGCUGCUCUUGUGGUUUGUGCUGCUGGGGUUGAGAGGGGAGGAGGAUAGCGGAGGGGAGGGGUGGAGGAAAGCGGCUCGGAGUUUAGCGUGGCCGGUGGCGGUGACGAGUCUAAUGGAGGCCUUCACAACACAGGUGGACAACCUCGUCCUUCCGUGUGUCCUGUUGGCUUGUCUUGCCGUAGGGGAGGCAUGAGAAAAGCGAUGAUAGCGAUAGGGAUCGUGAAUGGAUCAUGGCAGCGGAUGAGCGAGUCAAACAGUGAUGUCGGUGGUGACUGUUUAAUAGAGAGUUUGGCAAAGUUGACGAUAUGUGAUGCUGGUGAAUGGUCUAAGUCUGCUGCAAGUCUCGGCUCUGUUUUCAGUGCUAUCGUUGAAGAGAGGAAAGUGUGAAAGCUCAAGCAUUGUCGGCGGGACAAAGACCGAAUGGAUCAAGGGGGUGGCAGAACUUGUGUGUGGCUAAUGUAGAGUUGUAGGCAAGCGUGACUGCUGACCCCGACCAAUAGCCUUAUUGGGAUAGAUGUUUUUAUUUCUUUUCGUUUCUUAAAUAGCCCCCCUCCUUUUUUGCAUGGUUGGGGUUUGGUGUCGUGCGUUGCGGGUCUAUUCCACCAACACGUAAACUUCAUGUUUACCAAUUGAUCACAUAGAUGAUUCGAUGUCUAGUAGUAUGUUGCGUGAGAGGUCGCAUUUUGCGCCGGAAGUGCCAGCUGUCCGCGUUCUGCAACACCCAAGCAGCGCUAGAAUACUGAUGAAGGGUGAAGUGGUGUAGGUCGAAUUGAAAAAUCGUACAUGUCGUAGAUGUCGUAGACGUGAUGACACGCUGUACUUCGUUGGCGUUGGUUUUGGUGUGUUGGUGUCGAGCGGCGCGUGGUUCAUGGAUCGCGCGUUCCGUGAGGGAACCUUUCCGCUGUUGAAGGUUGAAGAACAACAAUGACGUCACUGUUGUCAGGUUGACAGAUGUCGCGGCGAUGACAGCGCCCGUGGCGGUAAGUUUGAAGUUGAGGUAGGUGCAAGUCGAGAAACAGGUGCGUGGUGACGCUGUCAUUGUACUUGCCUUUUCUUUGUCUACACUCUGCAGGAUGCUGGAUAGUCUGCGUAUUGUAUUUGUCUUGGUGAUCACAUUUUCGACUGCCGUGGAAAUCAGAAGGCGUUUUGUUCGUCCGUAUCAGGAAGAAAGCAGAGUGUGAGACUGGCAGCCGAAACGGUCCAAGUAGUACCAGCGUGUGGACGCUCUGAGCGUUGCGGCACGAGUUGAUUCUAUUUUCUUUCUCUGUGAAUUUCUUGUCCACCUUUGUCGUAUCUCUGGGAAGAUUGCUAUCUGAUCUGCGGAUUUUUGGUGCCGCUGGUUUGCAUGAUAUCGUUGCGGGCGAGCGUUUUUGUUUUGAAAAGGCAUUUCGGCCGAUGGUUCGCUGGUUUUGUGGUGAUUUAUAUGUGAUGCUUCAUGUUAAUGUGGAUGCUGUUGUUUUGGAAGGGCGCAGUCCCUAUGCCCCCCCCCCCGGCUAAUGUUUACAGUUGAUGAGUGGUAGCGGGGUGAAGGCCUCAUGUAUUUUUACCGGGAGGUUGGCGUUUUGCCUGCACACGUCCGUAGGUACGCCACCCCGAGGAUGGUCAUUCUGGCGAUGAAACGAUGUUCCUACAUCCAGGCGGUGUUAAAUACUCGGAGUAGGUGGUGAAGUCACAGAUUGCGGUGCUAGGCGGUUGUGGUCUGCUUCCCCGACGUGUCAUGUGCCACGCAAGACGGUAAUGUCGUGCGUAGACGUGCGGGUGCUUGGAAGAAUGCGACGGGUUUGCUGAGCAACUGACUCGCCUAUACGGCGGUAGUCCGUGUGUGGGCCGUGUUUUGUGCUCUCUGUUUUUGGGGGAGUGUCAUCUUGCCUGUUCUUUCUGUUUCGUCAUGGAAAUAGACAUGUUCUUACUCAUUUGGUGUGCCAUUUCUCCUGUAGGCGCGUGACAUGGGGAUUUCUAUUCCUCAUGUACCCCCCCAAUUUUGUGCCCGGCGUCCGUUGUCGAAUUCGAUGUGCGAUGUGUAACAUGUUCCGAACCCUGUUUCUUCUGUGAUGAAUUGUUGUUGUGGAUAUUCGUCGUCGUUGUCCAUCUUGUUCACGUUAUUAAACGCUCUGGGCCUCUAUUCGGUAGAUGGUUCUUCUUCGAACCGCUCUCGAAGGUGCGUCCCGAUAUUGUUCUUUGUUUCGCAUCCCCCCCCCCGCCUUUUUUUCGUGCGGGAGGCGACUCCGUCCUUCUGUAUUUUUGUUGUGUCAGCACGCUUGGGACCGUGACUGUCUUGUAGACGCCUCUCGCAAGGUAAACUGCUGUAGUCCAGUAGUGUUUCCGCGUGUUCCUCCUUCUUUUUCGGAGGUCACGUCGAAGCAAACUCCAGCUUUGUAACGGCCGAGAAAACCAACGCUCUUUCUGUGUCACGAAAAAGAAGGAGGCGUUCGGGGCUGUCGCUGCAGGCAUGUAUCCCUUGCAGACCUUGGCCCGGAGUGGCUUCCUUCCUUCUUUCUUCCUCGAACUCUCUUGAUUUUUAUUCGCUAAGGUUGCGUGCCGAGUGCUCUUUGCGUGCAUUGUGCUUCAUGACAAGUUGGCGUGGUCUCAAGCAAGCACGGCCGCGCCGCAUCCUUGUGGUCUGGUUGCGUGUGCCGUCCAUCGUGCGUCGGUGUUGCAGCAGGUUGAUUCGGCGGCGACAGCUUUUUGUUUGGUAUUGCACGAUUUUUGGUUCGUACCAUGGUAUUUACUUGCGCGAUGACUUGGUAUUUAUUUGUGUGGUGACCGCGUUUGUCUUACUGGAACACAAGUGCCCCAAGUGUUUUUUAUGGUCAAUCUGCGCGUCGUUGUCGUAUUCUAUGUUGUGUUGUUUUGUCGUCUUGAAGUGUGGAAAAAGGAAAAGCUGCAUGUACCCCAGGAAUGUACGUGUUGGUGGAGGUCCGUGAGCGUCAGGUUGACAGGUUGAGUCGCACGCCGGCUCGCUCAGCAGCUAAAUGAACUUUUU